AUGCUUGUCCCCCUUCCUCAAAGCGAAAAUUGCGCUAGCCCGUUAACAGUGGAAGACAUUGGUCAACGACCCAAUCUAUCUACCAAUUCCGUAGCGAAGGAUGACACUCCCCAUGCUACUCGUGGUGUUUAUGAUCCUCCGGGGUGCGGCAAGACCCUUCUAGCAAAUACAAUAGCCGGGGAGCUUGGUGUUCCCGUUAUCACUGGUAUACCUGCUCCAUUCAUAGUGUCUGGCUUGUCUGGAGAGUCCGAAAACACACUACAAGAUACAUUUGACGAAGCUAAGAUCGACACUAUCACUCCAAAACGAAUUGAAGAUAAGCCUGUGGUUGUCACUAGGGCCACAAACCGACCAGACUCGUUAGAUGCUGUUUUCCGAAGCGCAGGCCGACUCGACCACGAGAUAAGCAUGGAUGCCCUGGAUGAGGAGGCCCGAAAAAUCCAGCUAGACGGCGAUUUCAACUCCGCUGCCUUUGCCAAAGCCACGCCUGGCUACGUAGGGGCAGAUCUAUCUGCGUUAACAGGCGCAGCUGGCGUCGGAGCCUCAUCGCUGUCAAACAUAUCUUCAAACAACUCACAAACGACACGCUCGUCCUUCUGGAAGCACCAGAACACAUCGGCCAAGAUACUCCCGUGGCAGUGGAUCCGUCACGAACGCCCCCAGCCGAUACCGCGCCAAGUAUAGUA